AUGGUAUAUAAAUAUUUAGUCUGUCUUGAUGGUUCAGAAGUUAGCUACAGGGCAUACAGUUGGGCUCACUCUCAAGCUAUGGCAGAUGAGCUUAGAAAUACCCAUAUAUAUCUUUUGAAUAUAGUCGAUAAAAUGAAAAUUGAAAGAAAAGAGAUUAGUAUCAAAGGUGUAGAGGAAUUCGUUAAGGAUUUAGAAGCAUAUAAAAUUCCAUUUGAAGCUAUUGUAUUGGAGACAACACAUAAUUUAAAACAAACAAUAUGUGAAGUUGCAGAGAAGAACAAUGUCGAUAUGAUUAUUAUUGGUCAUGAUGAUGAACACAAAAGAAGACUUCACAGAAUCUUUGAUGGUCAUUCCGAUGUUUAUGAAUAUGUAAUAAAACACUCACAAUGCGCUGUUUUAGUUUUUAAAUAA